GAUGGCGUCCGGGUUGGUCGUUGUGUGGUUGUGUCUUCUGUGUGCGGCGCGGGUCCCGGUCGUGUCUGCGCGGGACCAGGACUGUAUGGCCUAUCGAGAUCUCGGUGGUGUGGAGCAACCAUCCCAAGCGUGUUUUCCAGAAUUUUGCUGUGGAAGCUGUCACUUUCGAUACUGCUGCGGAACUUGGUCAUCGCGUUUGACGGAAGACCAGCAGGAGGAUUGUUCUGAAAGACACUUCGACAGCAUCAAGGAGACGGUGACUGUUGCCUCUGGCGUCGGUGCUGUGGUCCUCAUCAUCCUGCUGGUCAUCUGCUGCUGUGUCUGUCCGUGCUGCUGCCUCUACAAGAUGUGCCGCAGGCCACAACCGGUGGUCGCCACCACCACCCACACCACAGUGGUCACCGCAGUGCCCCAGCAUUACCCCCAGCAGCCCACAGCCUCCCCUGGACAGCAGCAGUCCUACCAGGGCGCCCCGUACCCGGGCUACCAUCCAGUCCCGGUCCAGCCCACCUAUGGAGCCCAGCCCACAGCACCCUACCAGGGUCAGGUCUACAACCCAGGACCACCGCCACCGUAUCAGGAAGCCACUGGUCCUGCCUAUCCUCCUGUUCCAGUGCCUUACAGCCAGGCGGCUUACGCCCCCGGACAGCCAGCAUAUCCUCUGGAGCCCCCGGCCCAACCGCAGCCCCUGGCCCAGCCCAACGCACCACCUCCGCAGGCCGACUACUUCGCCCAGCCGGCCUACAACCCGGCAUACGCUCCCCCCCCGGCCAAGCCCACCUUCUAACCCCACCCCUGCUGCCCCCUGGGCCUGCUCACUUCGCCUUCUUAAGCUGGUCACAACUUGAGAUACAUGGCAGUCAUGCGAUCCAGACACGGCGCUCCCGGUGCAGCUUCCCCCUCUGGGAAGCUGUUGAUCCCUGUAAAGUUUAACUGCAUGACACCAUGAUGCACCUCUUUGUGUGUUACUUUUUUGUUUUAGCACAUCGGCUAUUUCUUGGUUGCGCCCAUUUUUUAGACGAACAUUUAAGCCAUGCAUAGGUAUAUGCUUUGUAAAUGUUGAACCCUCCAAACAAGCCCUGGCAUCUCCUGAGCGCUGUGCCAGGAACUGAGGAUGAAGCCAUGGUGGAGCUCCGUGAAUCAGCCAGUGCUUCUACAACUCCCAGCUUCAGUCCAUGGGAUCUGGUCCACCAUUUGAAUAUAACAAGGACUUCACAGUGUCCACAUGUUCUGCCCAAUUCUUCUACGUUGAUGCCUUAUUUUAUUUUACUAGAGUAGCUUGACCUCUUCCUCCCUGGACUCCUUUCAUAGAGGGUGUGUAGGGCUCUGAACGGAGCACAGACCAGGACCCCCCCAACCGAGGAACCGUGAAAUUCAGUUUCAUAGAGUAUUCGAUGUUUGAUAAAAAGUGUUUGAUUGGGUUCCUCUGUAGCCGAAUGGUUACAGCUCAUACUGCAUGAUCACACGGUCGCAAUGUCGCUGGUUCGAUUUCCAGCUGGUGACCUAUGUUGCAUGUCACACCCCUCUCUCUCCCUCCUUCAUUUCCUGUCUACCUCUCCACUACCACUGUCUCAUAAAAAGGUAAAAAUACAAAAAACAAAAAAAAAACUUGAAAAAAAAAGGAUUUGGCUCACAAGAUGGAGGCGAUGUGCUGCCUGCUGGAGUCGUGGUUGGGUGGGGCGGCUUGUUGACGUGUUGAGGAAGUGGGUUUGUUUGAAACCACGGCCUUGUUGGCACUAAAGCUAGUCUCUGUGGUUUUUCAUCUCAUGUCAGGUUUAUUUGUGCUGCACUAAGCUGCAGUUCCAGUCUAGACAGCUACGUACGUCAUGAGACUUUUCUACCUCUACAUUCCUUCUCCACAUUCUUUUGGUUUUCCUGUUUCCGUUGCCAACAGCAGAGGGCAGCGAUCAUCGCUACUUCUUAUGACUUGUCUAUCAACCUGUCACUAUUGAACAUCUGGUCAUUCAGAGCUCUUGGUAGUGUAGUGUGAAGAUGAAGGUGCCGUCUGCAGCCUUCCUGUCUGCCAGUCAGCUGACUUGUGACACGUUUAUAAAUGACCUGAAACUCAGCUUGUGGGUGCGUUUGUGCAUUCAGUGGAUAGCAGCAUGUGUUUGUUUUGCUCAGGACACUUUAUUUAUUUUCUUCAGGUUCGCCCAUUUGAUUGUCAGCCUGGACGGUCCUGUUGGACAAGUUAAACAAGUUGUGCUCAGCUGGACGUGUAGCAGGUUCCAGUUUAAAAUGGAAUUUACAUGUAAAGGAAAAGGUAGACUACUUCUGCAGUCAUGGACACACCUGGAGAAUGAUAAGCUUGAUCAAGUGUCCUGGUAAUAUUGUUGAGGUUAGGGGAUAAAGUCUUGUUUUUACCUGCUGAUAUUUCAGUGUGUUCAGUCACACAGUCCACGUAGAGACUGUUGAGACUUCCCCUCAUACUUCAUACUGACUACUAUGACCUGUCUGCAACACCUGGCCUGCAUACCCAGGAUGAAGUCCUGCAAAAGUCCUGGAAAAUCAUUUCCUAACAAAAAUAGCGGUGACCCUGCAAAUGCAUGUUUUUCAGCAUGUUUAAUCUGUUUUCGUGGAGUUUGCUGUGUAAAGUCCAGCCAGUUGAGCCAGUUGAAUAUUUCUGUUGCCUCUUGUGUUUCUGUCAAGUCUAUAACAUCGUCUGGGUGGCAUGGCGGUCUAUUCCGUUGCCUACCAACACUGAGAUUGCUGGUUCAAAUCCCUGUGUUACCUCCGGCUUGGUCGGGCGUCCCUACAGACACAAUUGGCCGUGUCUGCAGGUGGGAAGCCGGAUGUGGGUAUGUGUCCUGGUCGCUGCACUAGCGCCUCCUCUGGUCAGCCGGGGUGCCUGUUCAGGGGGGAGGGGGAACUGAGGGUAAUAGCGUGAUCCUCUCAUGCGCUACGCCCCCCUGGUGAAACUCCUCACUGUCAGGUGAAAAGAAGUGGCUGGUGACUCCACAUGUAUGGGAGGAGGCAUGUGGUAGUCUGCAGCCCUCCCCGGAUCAGCAGGGGGGGUGGAGCAGCAACCGGGACGGCUCGGAAGAGUGGGGUAAUUGGACAGGUACAA